UAAUACUGUCUUUACAUUUUCUGUAUCAGAAAUUACAAAAACAAAAUGCCCUACUGUGUGAAAGAUUGUCCAGUCUUGGAGUUGACACAACUGACUUGAUAUCAUCAUCCAUGAAGAACAGUUCCAAUACUGAUGAUAAAGAAAAGAACAGACUGAAAGAAGUACUGGCAAAUACUCAUCACAUAUUGGGCUGCGUCUUCCAAGACUUUCUGCAAGUGAAAAGUGCUUAUCUGGCGUUGAAAGGGGAAGUUAAAGCUGUUCCAUCAUCCAUAGAGGGUGGUAUGAAAGAAAUGCAAAUUGAGGUCCAGAAAUCCUUGACAGAGAUGAAUGCCAAAUAUAAAGAAGUAGUAGAGAAGUACCUCAGAGAGAUGAAGUUGCGGAAAAAAUACCAUAACGAACUGGUCGAGCUUCGAGGUAACAUUCGGGUACUGUGUCGCAUUCGUCCUUGGAUUAAAGAAGAUGGCUAUGAAGAUGAUACUAUUGUUGUGACCUUGGAUUCUGAAGAUGACACACUGAUUAAAAUCAACAACAAAGGGCGGAUGCAGUUGUUUGAUGUAGACAGGGCUUUUGGCAUGGAUUGUACACAAUGUCAGGUUUUUGAUGAAGUCUCAUCUUUAGUUAGAUCCGUAAUAGAUGGAUACAAUGUUUGUAUAUUUGCCUAUGGCCAGACUGGAUCAGGGAAAACUUAUACCAUGGAGGGCCCAGUGUCUGAUCCUGGAAUAAACCAGAGAGCACUUCAGCUGUUGUUUGAAGAAACUGUUGAUGAAAACUGGCAGUAUGAGAUCACAGCAAGCGUUCUGGAAAUUUACAAUGAGGUUAUCAGAGAUCUCCUAAACCCUGAUCAAGAAAACAAACUGGAAGUGAAAAUGAAGCCAGAAGGAGGUUUUCAUGUGCCAGGAUUGUUUGCAGCAACCGUCUCAGACUUGUCAAUGGUCAAUCAGAUUUUUGAGACAGGCAGGAGAAACAGAGCUACUGCCUCCACAAACAUGAAUGAGCACUCAUCUCGCUCACACUGUCUCCUCUGCAUCACAGUUACAGGUCGUAACCCCACCACAGGAAGCCGAUCGCUGGGGCAUUUAAAUUUGGUUGACCUAGCAGGUUCUGAAAGAGUAAGCAAGUCAAUGGCAGACGGGAUCCACUUAAAAGAAGCUCAGAAUAUAAACAAAUCUCUUGCCUGUUUGGGGGAUGUCAUCCAUGCCCUGAGAAACAAGCACAGUCAUGUGCCAUAUCGAAACUCCAAGCUGACCUAUUUACUACAGGAUUCCCUUGGUGGUGACAGCAAAACCUUGAUGAUAGUGCAGGUGUCGCCUGUACAAAAGAAUGUCAAUGAAACAGUCUGCACUUUGUCAUUUGGUCAGAGAGUAAGAUCAAUAGAGCUGGGCACAGCUUCAAAGAAUAUUGACAUUAAAAAGGUAA